CUCUCCCGACAUCAUGAAGUCCCUGGCUCUUAUUUGCUUGUUCCUUGGUGUGGCUGUCGCCGUGCCCGGCCUCCGCCAGCGUCGAGACUCCAACUCGCUCUUCUUCGAACUUCCCGCCGACGCAGAUUUGGUUCUUGGCGGAAUCAACACGGGAUUCGAGUGCGGCGACCUGCCCUACGGCUACUACGCCGACCAGGCUAACAGCUGCGCCGUCUUCCACGUGUGUCUGCCCUACAUCGACAACGACCUCUACAUCACCCGCCACUUCUCCUUCAUGUGCGGCGAGGGCACCAUGUUCGACCAGGAGCGCCUCGUCUGCGACUUCCCCGAGAACUCCCUUCCCUGCUCCGAGGCCGCCGCCUUCAGGAGGUCCAACGAGUACUUCGGCCGCGAAAAUGUGAACUUCCUCGAAAAGUAAUUUUCUCAUAUUCUUGAGAUUCCCCCUAUUGAGUACAAAAUGUUAGGUAUAAACCUUUUACAUAUCACCUUUAUACUAAAAAAAAAAAAAAAAAAAAACAUGUUAAUAAAAACAGAUACAAGUAACA